GGCCCCGACUUCCCAGAGGGGACUCAGGGCGGCAGGUCUCGAGCUGUGCCGGGUGAGGCCCAGGAGGAGGUGGCCUCACCGCCCCGCCCCCGGGCCGCGGUGGGCUCAGUCGUUGCUGGCAUGGGGUUUGCUUUCUUUAAAAUCCUCAAAACGCAGAAAACAUCCUAUCCCGGCUCUGGGACCGUGGGAAAUUUCCGAGCCUUUCUCCGUUUUCUAGAACUGUGAGGGCCAAGAUGGGUCGCCGAGCUCAACAGGAGUCAGCUCAGGCCGAGAAUCACCUCAAUGGCAAGAAUUCCUCUUUGACUCUGACCGAAGAGACUUCCCCUCCCCAAUUUCCUCGCUGCCGAGAAGGAGGCUGGGCAGACGAUUCCGUGAAGGCUUCAAAAUUUAGGAGGAAAGCUGCUGAAGAAAUAGAAGAUUUUCGCCUCAGACAGCAGAGCCCGAAUGGAUCAGAUUGCGGAGGAGAUAUUCCUAUCAUUCCGGAUCUGGAGGAAGUACAAGAAGAAGACUUUGUUUUGCAGGUCGCAGCCCCUCCCAGCAUCCAGGUAAAGCGGGUGAUGACCUACCGAGACCUAGACAAUGACCUCAUGAAGUACUCAGCCAUUCAGACGUUGGAUGGGGAGAUCGACCUGAAACUCCUCACCAAAGUGCUUGCGCCAGAGCACGAAGUCCGGGAGGAUGACGUCGGCUGGGACUGGGACCAUCUGUUCACUGAUGUGUCCUCAGAGGUCCUCACUGAGUGGGACCCACUGCAAACAGAGAAGGAGGACCCUGCAGGGCAACCCAGGCACACCUGAGCCCAUCACCCACUCUCUAGACAUGAAAAAAUGCAAUGAGCUUAAAGCUAAAGAAGCUUGCAAGCAGCUCCAAAUUUUUACAUAGAGUAUUUUGUAAUAAAAAUAUUUAUAUUCAGUCAACCACAUUGGAUAAUUCAAUUGCAAUAAAUUGCUUUAUCCUGUGCCAUCUC